GUAAACAAAUAAUAGUGAUCUAAAAGGUCUUAUAUUUGUUUACAGAGGGAGUAGUAAAAUGCAUCGUUUCCUCAAAUCUACUAGUAGUAAGUGGAUGAAGGAUGGAGUGACAUUUGUGGUGACUUAAAAAAAAGGCAAAACCAGUACUCCAAAAAUGAUUAAAAAUACCUUUUAGGAGCAUCAACAAUUUUAUUUUACCCGGAGCAAUACUAAUAUAAUGUUUUUCCCCAUGAAACUUUGCACGUAGGUGAAGCAUUCAACAAUGUUUUGUUGAAAAAAAUAGAUUUUUUAAAUUUAUUUACUUCCAGAGACACUGUUAAUGCUAUUGCGGAGCAAAACGGGGAAAAAUCCUUUGGAAAGCUCAUCGAUCUAAGUAUGAUCCAGCUUCAAUCAGUGACAACCAAUGUGCCAUCCAUGAGCCUGACUUCGUGCAGUGUCAAUGGUUUUUUCCGAGAGUACAUUGUCUCACAGCCAAUGGAAGAUAACAUGGUCUUUGCACUGGAGGAGCAUUGCAGCCAAAACUCGCAGUACACAGGAAGGCACCUUGUCAUCAGAAGCAGCUGGGAUAGAGAUAGAUAUGUGUUUGACAGCAUCGACUUCUCGCGACUACGGUCUUUGACAGUGUUUGGGGAGUGGAAGUCAUUCUUCAUCUCUGAAAAGAUGAAGGUUCUUCGGGUGCUAGAUCUGGAAGACACCUCAGAAGUAACAAACGACGACCUCGAGAAGAUUGUGAAGCUACUGUCUCGCCUCAAGUUCCUCUCUCUGCGAGGAAUCACGAGUUUGUCCCGUUUGCCCGAUUCACUGGGCAAUCUGAAGCAGCUCGAGACUCUGGAUGUGAGACACACCUCUGUGGCCAUGCUGCCAUCAACCAUCAUCAACCUGCAAAAGCUACAGUAUAUUCGUGCCGGCACCACUGCAGCACGAGGAGACGAGGAGCCAUCAGCACAAGAAAGAAGUACUGAAGGGUCCUCCGGGUUACCCAAUAAGUUUCGCCGACCCCGGUUCAUCAGCUCUCAUCCCGGUGUUAAGCUACCCAGAGGGAUAGGGAAACUGAUGGCUUUGCACACGCUAGGUGUUAUCGAUGUUGGCACCAAGGGGGGCCAUGCCAUCCUGAAAGAACUCAAGAAUCUUACCCAGGUGCGCAAGCUCGGGGUGUCAGGAGUCAACCACGACAACGUCCAGGAUUUCUAUUCUGCCAUCAUGGCUCAGGGCCAUUUGCAGUCUUUGUCAGUGCGCCUCGACGAGGAUAUCCAGGAUUUCUUCUCUUGUCUGGAUGACAUCCCUGAGGAGUCACUAAAGAAAAACCUAACAAGCUUUAAGCUGUACGGUCAUGUAUCUAAGUUGCCAGCCUGGACCAGUCAGUUAAGAAAUUACAUUAAGUUGGAUCUUGAGAUGACAGUAUUAAUGCUGGAGGAGGUGAUAGAUUCCCUCGGAGAUAUAACAUUUCUACGAAGAUUACGUCUUUGUGUCAAGCCAAGUCAAGAUGUUGAGCUCAAUAUUUGUUUCAGGAACCAAUUAGGUCGGGAGUUUUUGGUCCUUGAGUUCAUCGAAAUUGAUUGCAGCUCCAGGUUACAGCUAGCUUUUGAAGAAGGGGCAAUGCGCUAUCUUCAUCUGCUGAAGGUUCACUGCGCUGGUGGAUCGCAGAUUUCUGGGCUAGCACAUCUAGAGGAACUCAAGGAAGUCCAGAUUAUAGGUUUCUGUGACGUGGCGCUCAAGCAAGACCUGGAGCGACAACUUGAAGAACAUCCAACUAAACCCAAGCCCGUUUUGAUGAUGGAGGAAGUAUCUUCUUGCUGAAGUCGUUCGCCGCAUCGCAGGGAUCCGCAUGUCCGGUAUUCUGAUCGAUUCAUUUCCGUUCUGUAUGUCCAUGGCGGAUUGAAUGGCCUGCGUGCCACUCGGCUCCGAGACACUUGUGUAUGUACGUUCAUCUGCGCGGCUGACUGUUUGCUUCCCAUUUCUUUCUUUCUUUUAAGAUGUGUGUCUAAAAGAAACCAUGUUGAUGCUCAGCAAGUUGUACUGUUGUUGCACUCUGAUGUGUAUGUAUGA